CCCUUCUUCCCUCAAUAAGUCCCCUAAUCAACACUCCUUCACCUCCUCCAUUUCUCUCUAAGAAAACCCUUUUUUUUCUUCUUCUUCUUAGCGUCAAGAUUCUGUGCUAGUUAGCAGCCUUGAGCAACAUUUAGUUUUAAUCACAAUGGGAUUUGAUGAUAUUUGUAAAACUGGCCUUGUUCUUGAUCUAGGUCUAGGCUGCCUUGUUAAGCAGGAAAAAUUUUCGCAGUCCGAUCAUCAACGGAAGAAGAAGAAAUUGUUCCUGAAAAAUGAUCACGUUUUCCCAUCUCUUACUUUAGGUCCAUCAGAUGAUAUAUACCAAUCUGCUACAAAGAUUGAUGCUAGUAAAGUACACGGCGAGUCGAUUGAUUUGCACCAACAAGCCUCUUCGCUUAGUGCAAUAUCUUCUUUUUCUAACUCUAGUGUUAAGAAGGAGAGAGAUUUUGGUGGUGAAGAGGUAGAAUUGGAGAGAGUUUCUUCAAGGGUCAGUGAUGAAGAUGAAGAAGGGAGCCCCAGAAAGAAACUUAGGCUUAGCAAAGAUCAAUCUGCCAUUUUAGAAGACAACUUCAAAGAACACAGCACUCUUAAUCCUAAACAGAAGCAAGCUUUAGCAGAACAGCUGAAUCUAAGGCCAAGGCAAGUGGAAGUAUGGUUCCAAAAUAGGAGAGCCAGGACAAAGCUGAAACAGACUGAAGUUGACUGUGAGUCACUGAAGAAAUGUUGUGAAACACUAACAGAAGAGAACAAGAGGCUGCAGAAGGAACUGCAAGAGCUUAAAUCACUGAAACUAACAGCAUCUUACUAUAUGAAGCUACCUGCAGCCACCCUCACCAUGUGCCCUUCCUGUGAGAGGGUUGGCAAUGGGGGUGAAGGCCCUUCCACCGGCCCUUUUACAAUGGGACAGAAAUCUUACUUCAAUCCCCUCACUCACCCAUCUGCCGCCUACUAGCUAGGCAACUCGUUCAAGGCUUAUGUGUCAAACAUGUAUCUGUAAGGAUUAAUAAAACCUUACUGGACAUAUAUCUAUAUAUUUCUUGUAUAAAUUAAAAUAUGUAUAUACCUAGCAAAUCUGAGAAGGUUUUGUUCUUCUCAUCUGUUUUUACUAUCCUUACUGAUUUUGAUUCAUUUAGUGAAGCUAGGCUAUAUCGUAAGACGCAUAGCUAGAGAAAUGGAGAAUUAUUUCCUUUUCAAUAGAUUAAUGAUACUGUAAUUUAUGUCAUAAAGUGUAUAUGUUAAUAAUGCAUCAAAUAUAAACUUUUUCUCAAAUUUUAUAUGAUCUCUCCUUUUUUUUCUGUUCUUUUUUCUUCUGGAUUGUUUUGCCAUAUAUAU